AGAGAAAAGCAACUGGUGAAAGUGAGUUGGAUGGAUGAGGAAGGGAAAUUUGCGAAAUCAUAAUAUAUUUUUAUUUGUUAUUUUCAACGGGAUAUAUCGUGGUUUGCUUGAAAGGGAUCAAAAUGCCAUUGUUCGCACAGAAUCCUUUCGACCAGGAUGUUGAGAAAGCCACCAACGAAACCAACACGACCGAUGACUGGGGUCUCAUCAUGGACAUUUGCGACCGCGUGGGGACCACACCCAACGGGGCGAAGGAAUGUCUGAAGUCCACCAUGAAGAGAGUGAACCACAGGGUGCCACACGUAGCCAUGCAGGCCCUGACCUUGCUUGGCGCCUGUGUGUCGAACAGCGGGCGGAUCUUUCACCUGGAGAUCUGCUCACGGGACUUCGCCAGCGAGGUCUGCGCUGUGCUGUCCAAGGCCCACCCCAAGGUGUGUGAGAAGCUGAAGGCCCUGCUGGUGGAGUGGUCUGAGGAGUUUCAGAAGGACCCCCAGCUGAGCCUGGUCAGCGCCACCAUCAAGUCCCUGAAGGACGAGGGGGUGAGCUUCCCCUCGUCCGGCCCCCAGAGUUCCUCCGGCACAAAGUCCGCCGCUCCCGCCAGCAAACCUUCAGAUGACGAUGACCUGGCCAAAGCGAUCGAGCUGUCCCUGCAGGACCAGAAGCAGCAGGUGGAGACUCGGCCCCUGACCGUCCCCGCCGACCCGCCCUACAACAACAACGCCGCGGGCGGGAAGGACUCGCGCAAGGUCCGCGCGCUGUACGACUUCGAGGCGGCCGAGGACAACGAGCUCACCUUCAAGACCGGCGAGCUCAUCAUCGUCCUGGACGACAGCGACCCAAACUGGUGGAAAGGAGAGAACCACAGAGGCGCCGGACUCUUCCCCUCAAACUUCGUCACGACCAACCUGAACGCUGAGCCCGAGCCAGCGGUGGCCGUGGAGAAGGCCGCUCCAGCUGAGGAGCCCAGUGUGGAGGUGAAAGCCGAGCCCGAGCCGGUGUUCAUCGACGAGGAGAAGAUGGACCGGACGCUGCAUCUGCUCCAGAACACGGACCCGGCCGACGCCGGCCCCGACUCCGCAGAACUCUUCCAGUUAGAAGACGCCUGUGAGCAGAUGAACCCGAUGAUCGAUGAGAAGCUUGAGGAGAUCGACAGGAAGCACUCGGAGCUGUCCGAGCUGAACGUGAAGGUUCUGGAGGCUCUGGAGCUGUACAACCGGCUGAUGAACGAGGCCCCUCUCUACUCUGCCUACUCCAAACUGCAGUCCCAGCAGCAGCAGGGCCACUACCCCUCCACCUCCGCCGCGCCCCUGCCCAUGCAGGGUUACAUGGGUCAGCCCCAGAGUGGGGUGUAUAUGGCGUCCGGCGUACCCCAGGGGCCCCCGGGACCCACCUACAGCCUCGGCCCCGAGCCGGCGGGGCCCCUCUGCUCAAUGCCCCCAACCGUCAACACAACUGCCCCCAGCCAACCAGCACAGCCUGCCUACAUGAGCGGGGUGAACCCAGCCUACAUGAGCCAAGCCCCCGCCGGCCCCCCUGCCUACCCGCAGCAAAUGGGCGUGGCCAUGGACAUGUCGGCCUAUCAGAACACUAACCCCAACAUGGCCCCGGCCUCCUAUCCAAUGGCAGCGCCCGCUCACCCCGGCGCCCAACCACAGGCCUAUUACCAGCAGCCCCUGCUCUAAGACCCGGAGCGAUGAAUGAGUCUCAGCCCUGUGUGAUCGCCACGGUAGAGAACGGCUCUUAAUAUGCAAAAAUUAGGGUUUCUCCACACUGCUUGUGACAAAAAGCUGUAGUUAGGCUUUUAAUUUAAUAUUUGUAAAUUGCAUCUCUCGUACCCUGAUUUGUAUUUUAUCUUGAAUAUUAUUUUCUUUGUGAAGAAAUGUUUGUAAUGAGGUCCUUCUUUAAUGGUUUUUUUGAAAUGUAAAAUGCAUCUUUAAAUUUCUUUUCCAGUUUUACUUUCGUGUCUUACCGGAAAUGAAAGCAAACCAGGCAAACAUAUAGGCUACGUGCUGACUAACAGCUCAAAUGUAUAGUCUUUUUAUAAUGUCAAAAAAUAAAAUACUAAUGUGAUAAAAACAGACAUAGAGCACUAUUAGGCUUACGAAUGCAAUGGUUAUAGGUAUACUAGCUUUAUAUUAUUUUGAGGGGGAGAAGACACGGACCAUGACCUGAUUUGAUCGGUUCUACCGCGUUUGUUUGUUUGUUCGGCUGGUUGAGUUAUCAUCGUUUCCCUCUGCUGUCACACGAAGUCUGUUGUAUAUUAGAUGUAAGAUAUCUUGCAUUGUUGGUAUUGCACCUUAACUUUAUAAACAUUUCUUUGCCACUGGAUGCCUUGUUUUCUUUAAAAAUGAAAAAUGGAGAAAAAAAAAACAAAAAUAAAUAAAGAGUAAUGAAAUUUGCUGCUGUAUAUUUAGGACUAUAUAUAUAGAGGGACGUUUCUAUCCAGUACUGGCAUACGCUGUUAUAAUCCAUAUUUUAUAACAUCAAGGUUCUCUAUAUCUUGUGUUGUCAUUGUAAAAUGUUCCAUUUGUAAUAACCAGAAAAUACUAAAAAAGCCUUUAAGAAUAAAAGUUACCCUGUGUUUCAA